ACGCACAGCACAGCACCGCACAGCGCAGAAACACCCCAACUAAAAUUCGACAACCUUGGAAAAAGUUUCCGCAAAAUCCGAUCAUCAAUAAUCAACGAUUCGCAAGCAAGUGAAAAAGAAUCGUUGACAUUUAAAAAGGAUUAUGGUUGUUGGAUCCCUUCUCCGCCUCUGACGUUUUUUUCCCACUUAUCAAUCGACCUCAAGGUAUAUGUAAACUUUUUGGCAACCACAUUUCCACAUCCCAUCAUUGCCAAAAGAUAUUCUCUCAGCCUCAUCCCAUUGUUUUUGGGAUAAAUAAAAUCACGAAAAAGCGAAUCCAUAGUGUCAUUUCGUUUUCCUUAUGUACUUCAAGAGCUCUGCAUCUUGGAAGCGGUGACAGGGCUAAUUCAAUAUUAACCCGAGUAAGCCUCACUGCACUGUGCAUACGUCGUGUGGCAUAUGCAGCUUCUCAUAGUAGUGUGAGCUUUGUCCAAAAAUAAUAUACACCGGCUUACUUUCCACUUCCUCCUAAGGUCACAAAUUUUGUAUUUCGUCCGUUUUUUUUUUUCCUUAUUCUUCAUGGCUACCGCUUCCGUCAAAAGAAGCUCAAGUACGGACAGUAAAAGGUCACACUCGGGGCACCGCUAUGAAAAAGUUGCAGCCAAACUCCGAGAUCCUCGUUUGCAGCGAGAACGAUGUAGUCCGGGUGCUUCACAACUUCGACCUCCUACCCGACCCAUUUUGCAGUACCAUCAACGAACACCCAGUGCAAUGAAAACACCAAUCCCAUGUUUUACACCUCCGGCGCCGCCUCUCGAUAUUUACGUCGCUCCGACCAUGGAAAGGACGCUUUCUGGACACUCGAUCGUCUCUGAUCACAAUAUUUCAAUACCUACUCCUGCUCUACACGACCAUACAAUAUUGAGUGACGAUCAAGCCGCCAAUCUCAUCGAACAUCACUUUCGAUAUGAUCCACCUACAAAUCAUUAUUACUUGGAGGUCGAACUCCAAAAUCUUCUCCUCAAAGCUCAUUUAUCCGAUCGUGCAAUAGACCGUAUCAUCUACCUAGUCGAUACAAUUUUUUUCCACAAUUCACUUCACAACCGCGUCCGUCUCUCCUGGUCCUCCCCCGAACAACCUCGCUACUCAUCUGAACUCAUCGGCACCACGGCUCUACGUCUAGCUUCUUUUGGUGGCUUCGAAACCCUAAUUGUUUUAUCUGAACCCAUUUUACGAGACCCUAAAUACGAUAGGAGAUUACUGUUAAGUGCUUUAUUGCAUGAAUUGGUUCAUUGUUAUUUAUUUGUGAGGUGUGGCUGGGGAGCUAAACAGAUGGGUGGUCACACGGACGGAUUUCAUCGCGUUGUAGGAGUUAUCGAUGCAUGGGUUGAGAGGUGGAUCGGGAGGGAUUGGCUGAGAUUGUGUAGUAUGAGGGCGAAUUUGGAAUUUUUUAGAGUGCACACGGAGAUUUGCGUACCGCUAAGCCGGGGAGUAGUCGAGGAGCGGAGGACGAGCGGAUGGGGAGAGAAUGGGGGUGGGGAGGUGAGAGAGAGGGAGAGGUCGUGGGGAAUACAUCAUCAUGGACAUCAUCGCCAUUCGGGAUGUGGACAGAGUCCUGGACCGGGAACGGAACGCAGCUUGAGGUUUUCUCGUGAUUUUAUCCCAUACGUUGGUGAUGACGAGGGAUUUCGAUAACGCAUCUCAUCUUUGUGCGUGUUUGGGAAGAUGGGAAUAUGGUGGUUCUCCGGUCUAUGUUUUUUCUUUCUAGAUUAUCUUUUUCCACGACUCGGAUCUUCUUCCUUUCUUCCUUUCUUUGUUUUCUCAUCAUCCUCUCUACGGAUCACGAUUGAUUUUAGCGCGGCGAAAGGAUUCGGCAGGCAUAUUUUGAAAUUAUCAAUUAUUAGUAUUAGCAUUGAUGGGUGGGUGCAUUUAGAGGCGUUGGAUUGGAAUUUUUAUAUUAUUGGGCGGAACGGAAUGGGGUUUUUCCUUUUAAAGCAUGGGCGGGAUGGGACGUCUUGGUCGGUUGGUGGGUUGGUUAUGAUAUUGAUGUU